AUGCCUUCUUCUAUCGCUCCUAUUCGCGAUGGGCCCGUGGUGAAAAGACAAAAGCUCAACGGAGCUGGAGUUAAUGCGCCGAGAGAUGCACAGCGAGAAUCUAAGAUAUUUACACCUUUCCGAACAAUUGGUUUAGUAUCCUCUACUGCCAUUCCCUUCACCUCAAUACCCCUAGGAAAAACAUCCUUUCAAAUCACCACCUCCGUUGGUAGAUGUCUGCAAACCUACGAUCUCAAGCGCGGCCUCAACCUCGUCUUCUUGACUCGACCGCAGACACCAGGAGAUAUCACUGCGACGGUAGCAUGGAAGGAUCGCGUAUUUGCAGCCUGGGGCGGGGAGUCUUCUCAAGGCCUUUGGGUAUUCAAGCGGGGCAAGGUGGUUGCAGAAUUGGAUAUGCCCGCCGACCUCAAACAACCAAUCAAGGAUAUCCUCAUUUUCGGCUCAUGGAUAGUAGCAUGCUGUUCCACAAGAAUAGAGAUCUGGAAGUCCGGGACGUACGAGCAUUAUACGACAUUACAUCCCACUGCGGCGCCGAAAGGAGGGAAUGAGUUGAGUGGGGGGAUUUGUAAUAUGCCGACGUACCUAAAUAAGAUCUUCGCCGGGAGGAAAGAUGGCAGUGUAGAGAUUUGGAAUGUCAGUUCGGGGAAACUCAUCUUUACCAUUUUGCCUCCAGGUGCGAAUUGCGGGAGCGUGACAGCUCUGCAACCUACACCUGCGUUGUCGCUGUUGGCAAUCGCGUACUCAGAAGGCCCUUUGACGAUACACGACAUUCGAGCCGACAAGACAAUCAUUCAUCUCAAUGGCGGGCAAUCCGGUUCUAUUACAUCUAUAUCGUUUCGAUCCGAUGAUAUGGGUGCAGGCGAAGAUGGGAGAAAGCCGGGAGUAAUGGCUACAGCUGGACCAGACAGCGGCGAUGUGAUAUUCUGGGAUUUGAAUGGCGGUGGAAGAGUCAUGGGAAUACUAAGAGGAGCACAUAACCCACCAUCAGGCACAGGAGCCACUGUGGGAGGUGGUGUGAGCAAGGUGGAAUUCCUUGCGGGUCAGGCAACGAUUAUCACAAGCGGUCUUGACAACUCUCUAAAAUCUUGGGUUUUUGACGACUCGCCAUACAGUGCCAUACCCCGGUUAUUGCAUUCGCGAAGUGGCCACGCUGCACCAGUUACCAAGUUAUUGUUUCUCCCUUCCGAUUCAGAUGGCGCAGAUGCUGGAGGAAAAUGGUUACUGAGUGCCGGCAAGGACAGGAGUUUAUGGGGGUGGAGUCUUCGGAGAGAUGGGCAAAGCACUGAAUUGAGUCAAGGCAACAUAAGGAAGAAGGCGAAAAAACUGGGUAUCUUAGCAGCUCCCACCCUCGCGAACGAGCCUAGUACGACGCUGGAGGACCUGAAGGCUCCCGAGAUUACUUGCUUAGCUAUGUCACUCAAUCGAGAUGGUGGUAUGGGGGCAAAUGCAGGAGACGGAAAGAUAUGGCAAAAAGGCAACCACGGGAAUAAGAGGCCUACAGAUGCGACACUGAGUGGGGUUACGGGAUGGGAGAGUGUUGUUACAGGUCACAAGAACGACAAGUUUGCUCGCACUUGGUUCUGGGGAAGGAAGAAGGCUGGGAGAUGGGCCUUUGAGACUGGUGAUGGAGCGAAUGUGAGCUCUGUGGCCAUUAGUCCAUGCGGGACAUUUGCUGUUGUUGGGUCAGAGUCUGGUGGAAUUGAUAUGUUCAAUCUUCAGUCUGGAAUGCAUCGGCAACGAUAUCCAUCGAAGCUAACGCCUGCUCAGGCGAGAAAGCUACAGAUUCAGAAGAUCCAAGCAUCGGAAAGUGCUGUACAGGUUCCGGCUGUCAAGUUCCCAAUGGGAUUGGGGAAACAUAGGAAAUCAGUUACUGGCUUGGUGGUGGAUUCUUUGAACAAAAAUCUCAUCAGCUGUUCCUUGGACGGCAAAGUCAAGUUUUGGGAUUUCAGCUCAGGGGCCCUAGUUGAUGAAAUCGACUGGUUCCCAAUGGCUUCUAUCACCGGAAUGCGAUACCACGCACCGAACGACCUAAUCGCACUCGCGAGCGACGACCUUUCAAUCCGAGUCGUAGACGUUAUUACCAAAAAGACCAUUCGAGAGCUCUGGGGCUGCCAAGGCUCCAUCAACGACUUCACCUUCUCCAACGACGGCCGCUGGAUCAUCGCCGCCUCUUCCGACCGCAUCAUCCGUGUUUGGGAUCUCCCUACCGGCCACCUCAUCGAUGCAAUCCGUACCCAGACCCAAUGCACAGCCUUAGCAUUCUCCUGCACCGGCGAAUUCCUCGCCACGACACUCGAGGGAGAACUAGGCGUCAAUAUCUGGAACAACAAAUCCCUCUUCACGCACGUUCCCACGCGCCACAUUUCCGAGGGUGAAAUCGCAGAUAUGUCUGGCCCGACUGUCUCAGGCGAAGGCGGACACGGCGUUAUUGAUGGAGCUUUUGACGAGCAGGGAGAAGAUGAGACCGAUGAUGCUGCGCCAGCACCGACAAUUGAGCAACUGAAUAGGGAUCUCAUGACGUUAAGUAUAGUGCCUAAGAGUAGAUGGCAAACCCUACUUCACCUCGACGCCAUCAAACAACGCAAUAAACCAAAAGAACCUCCCAAGCAACCCGAAAAAGCCCCCUUCUUCCUUCCCUCGCUUGACAACCCGUCGCCCAAAGCUGCUCUGGAAGAGGAAGGCGGCGAUAGUAUUGCGGAACGCAGCAGGAUCAUGAAGAUGGAUCGGCUGGCAAGCGAGGGCGCAUUCACGAUUGCAUUGAGGGCCGGGAGCGAGAGUGGCGAUUAUACACCAUUCAUCUCGCAUCUCAAAACCCUCUCCCCCUCAGCCGCAGACCUUGAAAUCCGCUCCCUGUCCCCUGAAUCCAACGAACUCGUGAACUUCACCCAAGCCCUCACGUCCAGACUCCUGCAAAAGAGAGAUUACGAGCUAGUGCAGGCUUGGAUGAGCGUCUUCUUGAGACUCCAUGGUGAUGCGGUGGCGGGUGAUGAGGCGUUGAGGGACGCUUUAGGGGUGUUUAGGGGGGAGAUGGAGAAGGAGGGGGGAAGGAUGGCUGAGUUGGUGGGGUUU